CCUACUACAACAACGCGUUGCACUUGGGCGAUGCUGCGCUGCAAGGACAAUGGGUUUUCUCCUCCAUUUCUAAUCCCUUUCAAUCGACUUUCAUUCAUCUUUCCACAAGUUCAUCAUUCCACUUGCACAAGCAUCAAAUGAGCUUGUAGCGUUUCAUCACCAACAUUCAACGUGCAGUCGUAAGACCACAGGAUGACUUCCGAACUGUACAGAUGUACAGCCACCCAGAUCUUGACCAAGAUCAAAGCAGGCGAGAUUUCGGUUAAGGACUACGCAACAUCACUACUGGAACGUAUCGCAGCUCGAGAUGAGGCUGUCCAGGCUUGGGCAUUCCUUGAUCCAGCAUAUGUGAUGGAGCAGGCCAAGGCACUGGAUGCUGUCCCGUUAGCUGAACGAGAACCUCUUCAUGGAGUGGCUAUCGCUGUGAAAGAUGUCAUCUACACAAAGGACAUGCCGACACAGUUCAAUUCGCCUGUAUAUAAUGACCAUGCCCCAAAAAUCGAUGCUGGCUCCAUCAUGGUGCUUCGCCAAGCUGGUGCGCUGAUCUUGGGCAAGACCACCACCACUGAAUUCGCUGCAACGACUGUAGGCCCCAAGACACGGAAUCCUCAUGAUUCAAAGCGCACCCCUGGGGGAUCCUCGUCUGGUUCUGGCGCUGCCGUCGGUGACUUCCAAGCACCAAUUGGCCUUGGCACUCAAACAGGCGGAAGCACCAUUCGACCAGGCUCUUACAAUGGCAUCUACGCUUUCAAGCCUACCUGGAAUACCAUCACUCGAGAAGGCCAAAAGAUCUACUCUCUCAUCCUAGAUACGCUCGGGUUCUAUGCUCGCAGCGUCGCCGACCUCGAACUUCUCGCCGAUACGUUCGCUAUUCUGGAUGAUGUCCCAGCCCCGAAAGACUUCACUGUCAAGGGCGCAAAGUUCGCUUUCUUGAAAACUAUGGUCUGGCCGAGCGUCGGCUCCGGUACCAAUGCCACACUCGACAAAGCUGUGUCUCUACUCCGUGCGCAUGGUGCGGAGGUUGAAGAGAUCACUUUUCCAGAACAGCUCAACAACCUCCCCGCAUGGCAUGCUACAGUUCUCGCUUCGGAGGGGCGAACUGCGUUCUUGCCCGAGUACACCGUUGCAAAGGAUAAGAUCUCGGAACAGCUUGUGGGGCAUGUCGAAAACAGCGACAAGAUCACACGUAAGGCGCAGCUGGAAGCUUUUGACAACAUUGCUGCAGCCAGGCCUGUCGUGGAUGGGAUCCUGAGUAGAUAUGCUGCAGUAUUAACGCCGAGUGUGCCGGAUGAGGCGCCUUUGGGGAUCGAGAGGACUGGCAGCGCGGCAUUCUGCUUGAUUUGGACUGCAUUACAUACACCUGUGGUGAAUGUGCCGGGCUUUAAAGGUGAGCAUGGCAUGCCAAUUGGUGUAUCACUCGUCGCCCCGCGUUACCAUGACAGGCAUUUGCUUGCAGUCAGCAAGAAGGUCGGCGAUGUCUUUGAAGUAGAGGGUGGGUGGAAAUCGGCUGUGUAGAUUUUCCACUAUAGGUGUCGUCGAAAGACCAGACCUACCCCAUGACUUGCGGGGUGUUCCCAGGUACAGAUAUUUGUAUAACGUGGUUCACAAGCAAGCGGCGCACCUAAGCGAGCGGCGCAACAUUGCAACUGUCCUAACUGCGCAGCGCUACAACGCAACAC